AUGCGAAUAUCACGAUCCAUAGUUUCAGAAUGUUACAAUGCAACAAGAAGAUAUAAAAGUAAUCAAACUCGCUUCGCUGAAUCAAUUAAAGACACUUCCUUAUUAGAAGUGAAUAAGGAGAAAGAGUUCAUAAAUGGAUUACCACUUAUAAAGGAUAAGAUAGACAAAAGAAAAGUAAAUGAUGUUAAGAUCACAAACUCAAAAAGUGAAUAUAUAAAUGGCAAACUAAAUAUUGUAAGAAAUAUUUUUGGUAAUGAUUCAACUAACGAGAAUUUUAUCAAUUACAAGUUUCCAAAGGGUGUCGAAAGCCCAUUCAAUGCUGUAGUUGCAAAAAAAAAAUCAGUUAUCUCUAAUAAAAUUACUGGGACAGACAGAUUAUCCGUUACUAAAUUACUAACAAAACGAUGGUGUGAAUUAAGAGAAACUUAUGACAUAUAUUCAAAAAUCCCAAUGUUUGAGACCACUGCAAUAAAAGGAGGGAAGGUUGCCCACAAAAAACUAGAGACUAGGUCACAUCCAACACCUAAAGAAUGGACCCGAUUUGUGGAAGAUUUUGAAAUGAAUAUUCCAACAGAUAAAUAUCAUAAUUACAUUGAAGACUUAUUUAAUUGCAGCAUGCGGUUUGUUUCCCUAUUUAAGCUAGGUGAUGCUAGAGAAAUCUUGUGCCAUGCUUAUUUAGACAACACUACGGGAAAGUUUUUGAAGAAUGUACCGAAUAGUGAUAAUGAUAUCUUAGUUUCUGGUAUUAUAGACCAUUUAACAUUAACAGAGAAAAUACCGACUAUAUUGGAAAAUCCUGUCAAGAGACCACCAUUUGCGCUAUUCUCUGUUGAUUAUAAUGAUUGUUUUACUAGUUUUCAAUCUCUUUUAAGCUGGCUAGAAAUGAAUAAGUCAUAUUUGGAGUCGAACUAUGAGAUAGUCGUAUCUGAUGUAAAAACGAGAUCAUAUCGAAGCAAGCCAUCACAAUCUUCAGUUAUACUUGCCGCAAAAUACCAAGCAAUGUACUACCAUACAUUUUUGCAUUUAUUAUCAUUAGACCCAUCUGUUACAUAUCAAAACAUUAUUAUCAACGCACAAAGAAGAGGCUAUGAUGUAGAUCAACCGAUAGAUCCAGCAAAAUUGAUAAGUUUAAUAGAAUCUAACAAUAUAAUUUUUGAAGACAUGCGCCAUUUAAGAGAUGGAGAGAAUAUCAACUUUGAACCAUUCGAUUCAGAUGCCAGAAAUUACUAUAGUGAUAAAAAUUCGAUUUAUGAUCUUAAUAAAUACAGUGAUAUUAUCACUGAUCGCAGAGUACUUGAAAAAUAUGGAGAAUUGUUUACGAAUUGGAAAAUACCCGUAUCAUUAAGAUAUAUGGCAGCAAGGUUGGCACAAAUGUAUCAUUUUACUGGGCCAUUACUUUCAGAUCAGUUAUUAAUUGAAUAUUAUUGUUAUGAUGAUAAUUUUCAUAACAUAUUUUUUAAGUAUGAUGAAGAAACAAUAACGAAAGAAGCUUUUGAUAGUACUUUAUAUUGGUUUGGUAAAAGGGAAAUUGAACCAAUAAAACCAACUGUUUCAAAUUUACUGACGUAUUGCAAGUAUUGUGAUUACAAUAAGAUAUGUGCUUGGAAAAAAAAUGGAGAAGAACAUAAUAGAAAUCUUGGCAGAGAUCUGAUAAAUAUGACUAAGGCUCAACAAAUGUAA